UUUUUCUCCUUUUUGGUCCCAUUCUUUUACCAAUUACUCCCUCCUCCUCCCUCCCUCCCUCCCUUCUCCCUCUCUCUCUCUCGCUCUCUCUGUGCCUCAUCUGGGUCGUCACUGUGUUCGCUUUCUUGGGGAAGAGAUAUUUCGCGAGCCGCAGCUGUCAUUCGCCAUGGAUAAGCAGGGAGACAAGGAGCCUUCGGUCCCCGGCGCAUCGGAGGGCGCGACGGCGUCCGGGGGCGAGGAUGUGGUUAGCGGUGGUGGUGGUGGUCGGAAAGAAACCCUAGCUGGGGCUAGGGAGAGCGGCGGUGAAGGUCAGCGUCGGAGGGAGGAGGGGUCUCUUGCGGUGGCGAGCGUCGCGGAGGAAGGCGCGUUUAGUAAUGGGGAUGAUAUAAUGGUCGAGGUCCUGGGUUCUGAAGUUUUUGUAGAUGGCGUUUGCAGACCCGGGGAUGAGGAGAAUCUGAAAGCUGAGGCCGGCCGCGAUGGGUCGGGCAGCGGCAAGAAGGGGUUGCAGAGAGAUGCGAAGUCUUUGCAAGACUCUGGUUUUGUAGAGGGUGGAGUUGAGGGUUCUAUGGGGACCGAGAGUAGGGAACAGGGUGAUGAAAAAUGCACAGAUGCUGUAGAAAGCAAGGUUGAAGAUCCGGCUUCGGGGGAAGUUGGCGCUAUUAACGAUGAAGCUCGAGAUGCAGGAAUGGAUCCUCAGAAGGAGCACGCAUCAGAUAUUGUUGGUGAUGGAGAUGGGGAAACACAAAUUAUCGAGGAGACACAGAUUAUCGAGGAAAUGCAAGUUAUUGAGGAAACACAGAUUAUAGAGGAAGCCGUUGCUGUUUUGGAGGAAAAAUUGGUGGAAAAGGGUAUGGACCAGCCUAGUGAUGUUGUGCAGAAUACUGUAACUGGUUCAGGUGCUGAGGUGCAAACAGAGGAAGGCAUAAAGAGUGGACAGUGUGCUGAUGUUGGAGUCACUUCAGCUCAUGAUGCACGUGCCCAAGAAGCUGUAUGCCCCUCAGCGACUGCAAAAACUUCAAGUUCGCCCACUUCUGUUCUGGAGGAGAAAAGCGCUGCAAUGAAUGGGGGAGAGAAAGUGACUACCGUGGACAAAAUGCCUCCGGCUAGUGGAGUGGAAGCAGUUACCUCAGUUUCAGAAGGGGAGCACAUUUUGGAAGUGGAGACAGCUCGUGGAGAGAAAGUAGAAGUAGAAGAAAAUCUGGGCGAGGUAAACACUGAAUAUGAGGACAAACAAACCAAGGUUACAGUUGAAAGCGAAGAUAAAGCAACUACACAAGAUUUGUCGAAUCUUGAAGUCGAAGGCACUGAGCCUCAUGUUUCUGAUGAAAAUCAGGUUAAUCUAGAUGGGGGACUGGCAGAGAAUAUUCAGGUGAAGGCCAUAGAAGCUAAUGCAGAAGAUGGCCACAUGGUAGUUGAAGAUCAGUUAGGAAAAGAUGAAAAGACAACGGCCGCUGCUGAAAGCAUAGGUGCUUCUACAACUUUGGGUCUGCAAGAUCAAGUCAUCAGUGAAAGUAAAGCUGCUGGUGCAGAAAGCGAGGUCCUUCCGCAUAUGAUCCCAGAAAACUCCACCUCUGUUGGUAUGGAUGCAACAGGGAAUGAUCAGAGCCUAGCACUCAAUGCAAUUCCCAUGAUCAUGGAGGGAGAAGCUCAUGGGACUGAUGUUAGAGAAAAUGAGUCUAAGGACAAUGAAUUGGCACCGGGUCAGACUAUGGAUGCUAUGGAGCUGGUUGAAGAUAAUCAACCUUGCUCUAAUAAGGAUGAAGCUCCUGAUGUUACUCAUUCAAAUGUAGAAGACACAGAAGUUGGAGAACAAGCUUCUAAUGCUGAAGCUGCUGGUUUAACUAAUGUCGAUGAAAUGGAAAUCGAUAAUCAGCCUACACAUUAUGAAAAGCAAAAGGCAAUGGAGGAGACAACUAUUGUACAUGGAGGGUCUAAGCCGGGAAGCUUAAUGGGAGUGAACCAAGCUGUUUAUAAGUUGCCACCAGAAAAUGAAAAUAUUUUCUCACUGUCUGAUUUAGUUUGGGGUAAAGUAAGAAGCCAUCCGUGGUGGCCUGGCCAGAUCUUCGAUCCUUCUGAUGCAUCUGAGAAGGCGAUAAAAUAUCAAAAGAAGGACUGCUUUCUGGUGGCGUAUUUUGGCGAUAGAACAUUUGCCUGGAAUGAGGCAUCCUUGCUGAAGCCCUUCCGGGCUCACUUUUCUCAGAUAGCAAUGCAGAGCAACUCAGAGUCCUUUCAGAAUGCUGUAAACUGUGCUUUGAAUGAAGUCUCGAGACGGGUUGAGUUGGGGUUGGCUUGCUCUUGCGUACCAAAGGAUGUUUAUGACAAGAUAAAGGUCCAGAUUGUUGAAAAUACUGGAAUUCGAGAGCAGUUAGGCUUCAGAGAAGGUGUGGAUGAAUCCACAAGCGCCAGUUCUUUCAAACCGGAUAAAAUACUAGAUUAUAUGAGAACGUUGGCUCAGUGCUCAUCUAGUGGAGGUGAUCGUCUAGAUCUUGUAAUAGCUAAGGCACAGUUGUUGGCCUUCUACAGACAGAAAGGUUACAAUGAGCUCCCUGAACUACAAUUUUGUGAAGGCUUGAUGGAAAGUGAUGCUGAAGCUCUAAAUUUUGAUGGCAGUAUUCAUGUGGGCAAUGACAUGGAAUCUGGCACUCUGGUUUCUGAGGACAAGAUGGUCUCCUCAGGGCGGGAUAGUUUAAAAGCCCCCAAAGGCUCGUCUCAUAGGCGCAAACACAACUUGAAGGAUAUAGCUGAUUAUAAGAAGAAAGAGAGAAGUUUGGCUGAAUUGAUGGAUGAUUCUAUGGAUUAUCCAGACGAAGAAACUGAUCUUGACGGUAAAGCUUCUGGUACGCUGGUCUCACCAUCUUCUGGCAAGAAGCGUAAAGCUCGGGAUCCCAGUGCUGACUCAAAUCUUUCAGAUGGAAGGAAAAAUAUCUGUGUUGCAAAAGUUGUUAGUGCUGCUUCAUUUCCUAAGCCAUCCUUUAAAAUUGGUGAAUGCAUUCGUAGGGUUGCCAGCCAGCUGACUGGUGCUCCCAUUGUGAAGAGUGAUAGGAACGGAGCUGGAGAUGGAUCCGAAACUGCUGAUGCUGAAAAGGGAAGAACAACGAUACCAACUGAGUAUUCUUCACUUGAUGGGUUACUGUCGCAACUCUACUCAGCAGCUCUCGACCCCAUGCAAGAAUACAGUUUCUUGAAUGUGCUUAUUUGCUUCUUCUCUGAUUUUAGGAACUCUGUUGCUUCAGGCCCAGAUCCAACUUUGGGUAGGGUAUCUGCUAAAAGGAAAAAAUCUGAGACAUUUGAGUUUGAGGAUAUGAAUGACUCUUACUGGACAGACAGAGUCAUCGGAAAUGGUUUUGAGGAGCAGCCAUCCGAUACAGACUGGAAAGGAGAUAAUCAACUCGUUGCUGUGGAAACCCAAAAGGUGCGUAAAGUGGGCCGUCGUUCAUACACAAGGAGACGAGAUUUGGAUGAAAGCAACUUGCUGGAGGAGAAACCACCAGGAUAUGUGGACGAAAAUGCUCCAGCAGAACUGGUGUUAAUGUUUCCAUUGUCAGCUUCUGUCCCUUCAGUUUAUAGCUUAAACAAGAUGUUCAAGCGAUUUGGCCCCUUGAAAGAAUCUGAGACUGAACUUGAUAGGGAUGCCAACCGUGCCAGAUUAGUAUUCAAGAAGUGUUCUGACGCUGAAGUUGCUUUCAACAGUGCUCAAAAGUUUAACAUCUUUGGGUCGAUGCUUGUAAAUUACCAGCUUAAUUAUUCUGUUUCUUCCCUAGUUAAAACUUCGCCUAUUCCCAUGCUUGAACUCGAAGGCUUUGAGGAUGCAUGUUGAUUUCCCCUUGGUGAAAGCAUCAGACUCAUGGAUGAUUGGGAGGACGAAUUCUAACUGUAAUCUGUGGCUUUUGAGCAACAAACUCCACUUCCGUGGACUUGUCAAGGCGUUUAUCAUCACGGCAAUGUGUUUGAAACUGAUCCUCAUCAUAUGUACAGUAGUGCUCUCUGUGUUCUGUAGCAAUGAUGAGCGGCAGAUUGGAGAUGAUGCUGUAACAGUGGCCAUCGUCAAGCUUUCCCUGGAUUAGAGGGACGGAAGAUACUGUACCGAUGGAGAGCACUUGAGUGAAUAUCUAGCAUCUGUUUUUUGGGUUAGAAAUGCAUUUACUUCUGCUUAUUGGCUUAUAUAAAGCUAUGUACAUUUAGAAAACCUGUUGUUAGGCUGAUGGAUCCUGAUUUCUGUUCCCUAGUUGAUGAUGAAUUUCCUUAGGACUGCAGAGGAUGGCAUGUUGACUGAAAUCUAAGUGCGUGAAAAUUCUGUGAACUUUCAAUGGUUGAGCCUAAAGAAUAACUGAGACGAGAUGUCCCAUGAUGAGGUUUUACAUGGGACUUUAUGUGAAAAA